GAGGAUUGGCUGCAGCUGAAAAGAUAAGAAGAGUUCCGAACUUGUUGAUCUGCAGGCCGGAUCAAGUGGCGCUCAGCGUGGGAGCUCCUGGCACGGAGAAGUUAAAGAGGGAGCCGUUCGAGAGACAGCCGGCUUAAACCGAAAGUGAAAGCAAAUUGAACCAGAGACCUCGGCCGAGGAAUGAGUAAACUGAAUCAAGGAUUAAAGUUUAAAGCAACAGGACAUUAAAUCAAGUGCCGAGACCUGCGCAGGCGACUACCCGACGUCCUGCCCGAGUCACGGUGAGUGAACGGCAACCCCAUUUCCCUUUCCCGACAUGGGUCAAGUAUUGAGCGAACAUGAAGUGUUCGUCGGAGGCCUUAUAAAGGCAUUAAAGACAAGAGAGAUAAGGGUUAAAAAAAAAGAAUUAUUACAGUAUUUUCAGUUUAUUCAUAAGGUUUGCCCUUGGUUCCCCCUAGAGGGUUCUAUAGAUACCAAGAGGUGGAAUACAGUAAGAGAUGUUUUAAAAGAUUAUUAUAGAGUUUUCGGUCCAAAAAAGGUUCCUGUGACCACCUUUACAUAUUGGAAUUUAAUUUCUGAGCUGCUUGCCCAGAGGCAUGCAGACCCUCAGGUUGAGGAGACAGCUGCACUGGGUGAGGCUGCCUUGCGCGACUCCCUUAAAUCUACCUCAAAAUCGUCGUCAGAAAAAUCUGAAGCCUCUGAUUUCUCAGAUGCAGAGAAUGAUGGCCUGUUAGAGGUCCUUGUACAUGGUGAUCUGCCACCACUUCCACCUGUUGACAUGAUCAACAGGUCCCAGGAUGGCAGCCCGCCACUCCCUGUGCCUCCAUGGCCAAUUGGGGAUUCAUAUAAGCCUUUAGACCCCAGCCUUUCUGAUUCUCAGGAGGUCAACUGGAAACAACCAACACAACAAGCCUCUAGAUAUCACCCUAACCCUGCUGCAGCACCGGUCGCUAUUAGGCCAUCCCCUGACUAUGAUGAUGCACUCAGCAUCUGCUCUCAACCUUCUAGCACAUUAGUGGAGUUGGAGCAGAGAAAAGCAGAUCUUUUAAAACAGAUACAGCUAGAAAAAAAAUGCCAAGAUCUUUCAAUUCAAUUGCAGGCCCUCCGAGCUACACAGUUUCAUAGUGUCCCUGAGAUGGAGCCUGCCUCCAGCACGCCUUGUAGUGUGCUUAAAAUGGUGCCUGCCUCUGGCAGCCAGCCUAAAAUGGCUUUCCCAGUCACAGAGGCCUUUACUCCCCCAUGGGAUGUUGAAGAGGGCACUAAACCACAAGCUGUUAGGAUACACACACCUCUUACCGUGACAGCCUUAAAAGAGUUAAAGGCCGCAGUCUCUCAAUAUGGCCCGACUGCCGCCUACACCAUGGCAGUUCUAGAUUCUUUGACUCAGGGUUGGAUUAUUCCUAAUGAGUGGAAAGACUUAGCAAAAGCCACCCUCUCCGGAGGCAAUUAUCUAUUAUGGAGAUCUGAAUUUUUUGAUCAAUGUGAGGACAUAGCCAGAGACAACGCCACACGGCUUAGCCCCUGGACCCUUGCUAUGCUUACAGGAACAGGAGAUUUUGCCACAAAAGAGACCCAAAUGCAGUUCGAUUCGGGCCUCUUUGCCCAGAUUAAUAUGGCAGCCAUUAGAGCAUGGAAACGGCUCCCCUCAGGAGGCGAGCCUACUUUAUCUCUCACCCAAAUAAAACAAAAGCCUGAGGAGCCCUUUUCGGACUUUGUCGAUCGCCUCUUACAGGCGGCAGAGCGUCUUUUCGGCUCCACAGAAACAAACUCUGCCCUGGUUAAACAAUUGGCUUAUGAAAAUGCAACCUCAGAUUGUCAGGCUGCAAUUCGACCACAUCGCAAAAAAGAGGACUUAUCGGGUUAUAUACGCUUAUGUACAGAUAUUGGGCCAGUUUAUCAAGGCCUAGCCAUGGCUACAACACAACAAGGUUGCAUAGUUACACAACCCCUUUCUCGUUCUAAAAAAGAUGCCACUUGUUUCAAAUGUGGCCAAAGUGGCCACACGGCUCGUGAUUGCAAAAAAAAAAAAUCAAAAUCAGUCCUCUACAAAAAAGCCAGGGCUGUGUCCUAGAUGUAAGCGAGGAGACCACUGGGCUAAUGAGUGCAAGUCCAAAAGAGAUGUUCACGGUAACCCUCUCUCCCCGCAGGGAAACGGGUUACGGGGCCGGCCCCAGGCCCCCAAUUCCGGACAAACCCGUGGGGCUCCAAGGUUUGUCCCAGCAAAAAACCAUCCAUUUCAGACCUCUUCAGGGCAACCCCGGGGAGUGCAGGGUUGAACCUCUGUUCCGCCUCCAGCACAGUUUUAACCGCUGACAUGGGUGUUCAGAUCAUACCCUCAGGAAUCUAUGGGCCCCCUCCCCCCGGAAGUUUUGGACUUAUCAUUGGACGUAGUAGCACUACGCUUAAAAGAUUACAAGUUCUGCCCGGGAUAGUAGAUAGUGAUUACACAGGAGAAAUAAAGGUCAUGGUUUCUCCCCUUGUCGGUGUCAUACCAGUUAGGACAGGGCAACGCCUUGCUCAAUUGCUGCUAUUGCCAUUGGCUCAAACAUCUAACAAAUGCAUAACUCCCUAUAGGAGGAACUCCUUUCCUGGAGCUUCAGAUGUAUAUUGGGCACAACGUAUCUCCAAACAAAAGCCCCUCAUGACUCUGUCUUUAGAUGGAAAAAGUUUCUCAGGCCUCAUUGAUACAGGCGCAGAUGUUUCCAUUAUCAGAAAGGAGGAAUGGCCUACUGCCUGGCCUUUAGAAACAACCUUAACACACCUCCAAGGGAUUGGACACUCAAAAAAUCCACAACGCAGUUCCAAACAACUGGUUUGGAGAGACCAAGAAGGUAAUCAAGGACACUUACAACCUUAUGUCAUAGAGAGUCUGCCUCUUAAUUUAUGGGGUAGGGACUUACUCUCUCAAAUGGGAUUAAUUAUGGGAAGCCCUAAUAAUGUUGUCACAAUGCAAAUGCUUAGUAAGGGCUACCUGCCAAAACAGGGCUUAGGAAAAAAUAACAUGGGCAUUACUGAUCCCAUCAUUCCCAUCCCUAACAAUGGUAAAGUUGGGUUAGGCCAUUUUUCUUAGGGGCCAUUGACGCUCCUGCGAUCCAUGCUACACGAAUUACAUGGCUAUCAGAUGAGCCGGUAUGGGUCGAUCAGUGGCCCCUUAACUCUGAAAAGCUUGCAGCCGCAAGGCAGCUGGUGCAGGACCAGUUAGAUGCAGGCCACAUUGUUCCUAGUAAUUCCCCUUGGAACACACCUAUCUUUGUUAUCCGGAAAAGGUCAGGAAAGUGGAGGCUGCUACAAGACCUUAGGGCGAUAAAUAAGACAAUGGUCUUAAUGGGGCCCCUACAACCAGGCCUCUCCUCACUCAGUGCCAUUCCUUUAGGAUUUUUUAAAAUUGUCAUAGAUCUUAAAGAUUGCUUUUUCUCUAUUCCUUUACACUUCAUGACUUCCAAAAACUAUUGGGAGAUAUUAAUUGGCUCAUACCAUUUUUAAAACUAACUAAACAUGAUUUACAGCCCCUUUAUGCACUGCUUCGGGGAGACAUAGAUCCAACUUCCCCCCGAGAGCUUACACCUGAUGCCAGGAGAGCGCUCAGUAAAGUAGAAGAGGCUAUUGCUCAACAAACUGUUUCCUUUAUGGACUACAAUGAGCCUUUACAGUUUCUCAUUUUUAAUACAAAGCUUUGCCCUACAGCAGUGUUCUGGCAACAAGCUCCCCUCAUGUGGGUCCAUUUACCAGUCUCUCCAAAAAGAACACUUUUGCCUUAUUUCCAAGCUGUCUCAGACCUAAUAAUCCAGGGUAGAAAGCAGGGAAAAUGUUACUUUGGCAAAGAACCAGACGUUAUCAUUCAACCUUUUACAAAAGACCAAAUAGAUUGGCUACUUCAGAGUACUGAAGUGUGGCCUAUUGCCUUAGCUUCCUAUUCAGGGACUAUUGACAAUCAUUACCCUCCAAAUAAGCUAGUUGACUUUGCUAAUCGUCACUCAUUUAUAUUCCCUAAAGUCACAGCUUCGCAACCCCUUCCAGGUGCCCUGGUUUUAUUCACUGAUGGCUCAUCCUCUGGAAGAGCUGCUUAUGUAUCUCAAGACAAUGUUUCUACCCUCCAGGCAGAUACUUCCUCUGCACAAUUAACAGAGUUAGAAGCUAUUCUUGCAGCUUUUGCUGCUUACUCUGACCAACCAUUUAAUUUGUAUACUGACAGUGCUUAUCUUGCCCAGUCUGUUCCAUUAUUAGAGACUGUUGCUAUUAUAUGUCAUGCUUCCCCAGCUGCAAAUCUGUUCAAACAAUUACAAUGCUUCAUACGGCUUCGCCGUCAUAAGUUCUUUAUCGGUCAUCUGCGAGCUCAUUCCAACCUCCCAGGGCCUCUUGCCCAAGGAAAUCAUUUGGCUGAUGUUGCUGUACGAACACAGGUUUUUAUGGCUCAGGACUCCAAGGUGUCUGAGGCCCAACAAGCCCACCAGUUACAUCACCUCAAUGCUCACACCCUCCGCCUUCUCUACAAAAUUACCUGUGAGCAAGCCAGACAAAUUGUAAAAAAUUGCCCAUCUUGUGCUAUCCACUCACCUGUUCAACACCUAGGAGUCAACCCUAGAGGUUUAAUUCCUAAUGCCUUAUGGCAAAUGGAUGUUACCCAUUUCAAUGAGUUUGGCAAUCUAAAAUAUGUACAUGUCAUUAUUGACACUUAUAGUGGCUUCAUUUUUGCCACUCUCCAGACUGGAGAAGCUGCUAAACACAUUAUAGCCCAUAUGCUGUCAGCCUUCUCAGUUCUGGGAUGUCCUCAACAGCUUAAGACCGAUAAUGGCCCUGGCUAUACCAGCACCUCCUUUGCUCAAUUUUGUAAAAGCCUUAAUAUCCUCCACACUACAGGUAUACCUUAUAAUCCUCAGGGACAAGGCAUUGUUGAACGUGCGCAUCGUUCUCUUAAAUUCACCAUAGAUAAAAUAAAAAGGGAGACAUGGUACCCCACCUAGGGGUCCCCUAGAAAUGUCCUUUCACAUGCUCUUUUUAUUUUAAAUUUUCUGACCCUGGAUGCUUCAGGCUGCUCCGCAGCAUCUCGGUUUUGGCAUACUCAGACUCAAACACGGUUUGCAUCUGUUUUAUGGAGAGACCCACUAACCAAUGUGUGGAAUGGCCCUGAUCCAGUCCUUAUCUGGGGACGAGGUUCAGUGUGUGUUUACUCUCAACAAGAUAGAGGAGCUAGAUGGCUACCUGAACGCCUCGUAAAGCAAGUAGACAAUUCUUCAAAGACCCCAUGUAACGCCCAGGAAUAAUGUUAUUUCCUGAGGCACAAUCCCCUGUGUUCUCUUACAGGUGACACAUCUCCCUGGAGCCUUAUGCUGCUUAACCAGCCUUCUUGAGCCACACCACACCCAUGGUGGAUUUUGACCCCUGCCAAACAGACUGCAACUGCUGACAGCCAUGCACAGAACCCCAUGACUGUGGAAGAGGCUCUUCUCGGUCUGGAGGAACAUACGCCAGCCAAAUAGACUGCAUCCAGUAUUAUUCAAGGCAUGCUCCAAGACACAGGAGAAUGACUUCAUACAGAGACACCAACAAAUGACUGUCAACCCCUUCUCCUUGAUUUUGGGGGGGGGGAGUUUUUCCCUUACCUAGUCCCACUUUUGGGUCCCCUAGCUGACCUAUUGUUUCUCAUUUCUGUGAGUCUUGUAUUUUUCAGAGGAUUAUGAUGUUCAUUAAUAACCGGAUAGACGCAUUUAUGGCAAAGCCCAUUCAGGUACACUACCAUCAGCUGGAGAUGACAGAUCAACAAACCUACAGGGAAGGAAUUCCCACGAGUGGCCCAUAUGAUGAUGCGGCCUGACUGCCCUGGGGCAAUGGACAGGCAGUCAGAGACGGGCAACUAGGACAUGCAUGUUAAUUCCAACGGCCACCUAAGACAGGCACAGGACCAACUGCUGUUCUGCAAGCCCAUGACGGGUAAGGCCUGGUUGGGUUCAUGCAAUGAGGUCCUUGACCUAAGACAGACGCUGUCCUCACAGGGCCUGCCAUACUCUUAAUUAAAUAAUAUAAAAAGGGAGGAGAUGUAGGGAGCCGAGUGACAGGCAUUGCUGCCUAGAUGUCUCUCUCUCUCUCUCCUAUGGGCACUGCGUCUGCCUACAUUAACCAUAAUCCUCUUCUGCUUACGUCACUUAUCCGGAUGUGAUGGUAACCCUGUUGUAUUCAUCUGUUUAACCUCUUCCUGUCCCAGCUCCCACCCUUAGCCUAUAAAAGGUGUGAUUAUUUUCUCAAUAAACCGGAGGCUUGAUUGGGUUAACAUCAA